AUGGAUGAGAGCCAACCGAUCACGUACGGCGGCGCUGAUGUGACGCCAACGCCGAAGAAGGGCUGCUGGCGCUCGCUCCACGACACGGUGGCCCGUCUGCCGGUCAAGCUCACUAUGAACUUUCUUACCAUAAUCUUCGCGCUGUGCAUCGUGCCGGUGGUCAUCUUCAACCUCCUCACCCUCGACCUCAGCCCGCUGCAUUGGAUUGUCUCCAUCUACCUCCUGGCGGGCGUGUUCAUCGUCGUGGGCUCGUGCUUCCCCUUCAACUGGAUCCGGGUCAAGGUCCUCCGUUGGUUCCUCUUCCUGGCCACCUACAACGGCCGCGGCGCUCUCCUCUUCAUGCUGGGCCUGCUGUGCACGGGCAUCAGCACGUGGGGCAUCGUGGCGGGCGUGGGCAACAUGGUGCUCGCCGCCGUGCACGUCAUCCUCUGGGUCUUCUUCCACGACAUUGUCGGCACCGAGGUCACUCACAUCGAAAGCAAGCUCGGGCGGGUGAGCGUUCAGCGCGGCGGCGGCUACAGCGGCCGAUCGGACACCGACGUCGAGGGAGGCGGAUACGUGCCGCCGCCGACGCCCAGCUUCGGCGCCUCGACCUCCUCGCCCUCUCACGAGUUCCCCGGCGGCAGUGGUCCGACCAACGACCCGACCAAUCCCUACGCAGUGGCCGAGGCCUAUCAGCCGCCGGAGCUGGACCCGUCGACCAGCUACGCCGUGGCGGCGGUCACGCAGCAGCAGCAACGCAAUGCCUACAACCCCUUUUGA